CACCACCAACCGUCCCACCUCACGACCAUAAAGAGCCAAGUAUAGAUCCUCAUAAUGGUCGAUCUCACUCCUGCGAGCAAAUCGGCGCCAGCCGUGCCACCAAAGAUGAUGUCCUCGCUCAAAGUCACGGACGAUAGCGUGCUGGUCAUCAAUCAGUUGCUCUUGCCCCAUGUUAUACAGUGGGACCCGGUUCAUACAAUCGAGGAUGCCUUUGAUAGCAUCAAGCAGAUGAGGAUCCGUGGAGCACCGGCGAUCGCCUCGCUUGCCGCUCUGACGGUCUCUCUCGUCCUCACUCGACGUCUCCUGAACCCUCUGGAUGCCUCUACGGACCCUGCGACCACCUCGGCUCACGCUUCAGCCUACCAUGUCCCAGCUCUCAAUUCUCCUGAAACCCUGAAGAACUGGCUCUUGCCCGUCCUCGACUACCUCGAGUCGUCCCGUCCAACCGCCGUCAAUCUGCAAGAAGGGAUGGACAGGAUCCGAAAGACUGUCAAAUCGUCGGCGACUUCCGCGGAGGGAUCUUCUCAGGAGCAGGCGAAGGCGUUGGCGGAAGGGGUCGUCAAGACAUGUCAGAACAUCGAAAAGGAAGACUUGGAGCGGUGCAAGGAGAUGAGCAGGAUCGGGGCUGAAUGGUUGGUAGAAAAGAUCAAGAGGGAGAAGGGCAAGGACAAGUUGAAGGUCAUGACCGUGUGCAAUACGGGAAGCUUGGCAACUUCGGGGUACGGAACCGCUCUAGGUGUCAUCACCGCUCUACACGAAACUGGUCACCUUGACCGAGCCUACUACACGCAAUCAACCCCUUACCACCAAGGCUCUCGAUUGACCUCGCUCGAGCUGUCCACAUUGCAGAUCCCGAGUUGCAUGAUCUGCGACACCAUGGUUGGAUCGCUUUUCCAGCACGAGGACGUCGACGCUGUAAUUGUCGGAGCGGACAGGAUCGUCAAGAACGGUGACACCGCCAAUAAGAUCGGGACGUAUCAGGCCGCUUCCCUUGCCAAGAUGCAUGGGAUCGAUUUCAUGGUCAUCGCUCCCGUCACCACACUCGACCUCACCAAGGCGACCGGAAAAGAGAUCCACAUCGAGCAGCGGCCUGCUGUCGAGGCGACUCAGGCACGAGGUCUGGACCCCUUGACCGGCUCUCAGGUGAUCGUCCAGAUCACUCCCGAUGGUAUCGGUUCGGGAUCCGAGGAAUGGCAGAAAGUCUACAACCCUAGCUUCGACGUUACACCAAACAAGCUCAUCAGCUGCGUCGUUACCGAAAAGGGUGUUGCGGUCAAUCAGGGUGGAGAGCACGGCAUAGACCUCAGCGGGGUCUGCUAGACAGCAGGGCGAACAAGCAAAACAUUAUAGACAAGGACAACGAGGACGGCCGAAAUUGUAGCGUACAUAUAUAUCCCACC